AUGAAGUGUAAGAAUCACGCAGCCGAUCUCAGUAGCGCCGUCGGAGUUUGCGCCUCCUGUUUACAAGAACGUCUAGUUGCACUUAUCGCUGCCCAGGCCGAAAAAGAGGCCCAAGAAGGUCGCCGGAAUUUCGAUACCCAACCGGCCCCUCCUGCCUUUCCCCGGUCUGUAUCGCCUUAUGUAUCUCGCCGGAAAUUCGACGACGCUACCACAUGGCACCUGCGUUGUAGCAGUCCCCAGGUGGCUCCUGCCAGCUCGGUAACAGUUGAAGUCAAGAAGAAUAGCGGUGGAAGAUUUUCUUUGCUUUUUUCGGGUCUUUUUAGAUCGAAAACGGAGCAACUGGAUUCGGAUUCUGGUCCGAUUUCGGAUCCUGGUGUUGCGGGUACAGCAUCUUCUCCUACAAUUCUUCCUGCCCGGCGGAAAAAGCAAAGUCGCACGCUUUCCCUUGAUAAUAACGUAAUCGAAGGCCACCGGAGGAACUACGGCAAUCACAACCGUGGAAUGUCGCCGGCUAGGUAUUCCGACGAGGACGAGUCGCAUUUUCCUGGUGGAUUGAGUGGAUGCUCUUCGGAGUCUUCCCAAGGUUGGAAGCAGACGCCGCGUAGGACCCCAGCGAUGCGACGUCGCGGAGGGUUUCCAGGGCACUGUAGAAAUAUAUCAGGUCUUGCAUUUUGCUUGAGUCCUUUAGUCCGUGCAGGCCCAAAUUUGCACUUGCAUCAGAAGGGGUCUCCACAGGUUACAGUGGUCGCCGGCGACAGUCGGAUCCCGGCGAAGCCAUAUCUUUCUAAUUCGUCGGCGUUUUGCAAGAACAGGUCCCGAAAGCUCUGCCGUUUCGGGAGGUUCAAUCCGAACAAUUAA